UAGGAUACAAACAGGGCAGAGAGUGGCGGAGGUUUUAUCCAAAACUUUGCGCUUUGGUGAAUGUGAAUCGAUCAAAAUCCCAUACUCUACCCAAUGGUGUCGAUGGCGUCUUCACUCUCCACUUUUCACUAUUCUCCUUCUUCUUCCAAGAACAGUGACAAUGUUAAGCUUUCCUCCUCUCUUUUCGGUUCACCCAUUGCCAUUAGUAGUUUCUCUUCAAAGCCCAACAACAUUUCUCUUGCUUCUCCAACACCCAGGCGUCUCGCGGUCAUCGCCAUGGCUCCACCCAAGCCCGGUGGCAAAUCCAAGAAAGUGGUGGGUUUGAUAAAGCUGGCUCUGGAGGCAGGGAAGGCGACCCCGGCGCCGCCUGUAGGGCCGGCAUUGGGUUCCAAGGGUGUCAAUAUCAUGGCUUUCUGUAAGGAUUACAAUGCCAGAACCGCUGACAAGGCCGGUUAUGUUAUUCCUGUCGAAAUCACCGUCUACGAUGAUAGGAGCUUUACUUUCAUAUUGAAGACCCCUCCUGCUUCGGUUCUGCUCCUUAAGGCCGCAGGUGUAGAGAAAGGUUCAAAAGACCCACAGUUAGAGAAAGUGGGCAAGAUCACCAUUGAUCAAUUGCGCACAAUCGCUGCUGAAAAGCUGCCAGACUUAAAUUGCACAAGUAUUGAAUCAGCAAUGAGAAUUAUAGCAGGCACUGCAGCUAAUAUGGGAAUUGAUAUUGAUCCUCCGGUUCUUGAACCCAAAAAGAAGGAAGUUCUUUUGUAGACGCGUUUGUUCUUUGUUCCCUUGAUUUUGCCUUAAUUGUAUUUAGAAAUCAUCUUUGUGCAAUAAGAUCGAUAAAUUCUUGAGUUGA